GCAUCAUGUGACCCCUUUAAGUGCACACUCAUACUUAGAUCAGUUCUGUGAUCCGGGCUGUUUCCCGGCAAGAUGUGUUUAUCUGCUUAUCUAGUCAUUGCCAGGCAUGUAAGGUGAUGUUACACACUGUCCCUUAUACAUGAAAUCAAAGGCUCAGGCGGCUGGAAUGAAAAAGGCGUUGUAAACUGUAAUGCUAUAGUAACUGCUUCAUUGUAAUAUUACUGUGGAUGUUCUGACAAAAUGUUUCUCUGUCCUCAGCAUUUUCAGGCACGGAUACGCUUCCCGAUCUAGUUUCCUCCACCCUUUGUCCCGAGACAUCUGUCAGAGCCAGCUGAAUAUCCCGCAGUCAUGUCGUACGGAAGGACAGAGCAGCGCGCCCCGCCAAAGGACUUCAGCAGCCUGAUCCAGACAUGCAGCUCCAACAUCCAAAAGAUCACACAGAACACGGCACAAAUUAAGAGCAUGGUAAACCAACUGGGAACAAAACAAGACAGCAGUGACCUGCGGGAGAGACUUCAGCAGGUGCAGCACUACACAAACCAGCUGGCCAAGGAGACCAACAAACACCUGAAAGACCUCGGCUCACUCUCUCUACCCGCCUCCCUGUCCGAACAGAGACAGCAGAAAAUCCAGAAGGACAGGCUGAUGAAUGAUUUCUCCGCAGCUCUCAACAACUUCCAGGCAGUGCAGCGGCGAGCCGCAGAGAAGGAGAAGGAGUCAGUGGCCAGAGCCCGAGCAGGGUCUCGACUCUCGGUAAGAUACACUCGUAAUGUUUUCCACACAUUUGCUCUGAUCCAGAACUUGGUGAACUGUCUACUCAGGCAGCAUCCUUAAAAGUGACAGUGAUAA